UAUUAAAAAAUAUGUUUGGUUCGUAUUGCUCUAUUUAUAUUUGUGUUUUAAUUAAUUCAACUUACAGUUUUGAAAGUUUAUAGUUUUUCGUGAUUUAUUUUCAAUAAGCUUAUAACAGUUUGUUAAUACUAUUAAAAAUGAGCGAAAACUCCGAAAACAAGGAAAUGAAGACGUCUGGUUUACGACCACCGACCAAAAUUCCCACUAUGGGAGUGUCGAGGUUACCAAGUUCAUCUUCCAUCAAACUUGAUGGAGUAAGCUCUAAUACAAUCAAACUAGACGGAGGUUCAAGUGUAAAAAAAACUGCAGACAUGGCGUAUGUUAGCAAACACAAUGGUUUUAAUAAAAAACCGACAGAUGAGCGCAAAUCAUCAAGCGGUUCAGAUUCUUUCAUAGGAGAUGCACGUAGACUAAGUGAAGCUGGUGUAAGACGUAGUUCAGGAAACAGUGUUGUUCUUACAGAAGAUACGGAUAAAUUUAUCAUCGGCAAUCGAAUUUGGGUGGGCGGAACUAAACCUGGGCAAAUAGCAUAUAUAGGUGAAACUAAUUUUGGAAACGGAGAUUGGGCUGGUGUAGUACUUGACGAACCAAUUGGUAAAAAUGAUGGGUCUGUGAGCGGAACAAGAUAUUUUCAAUGUGAACCAAAGAGAGGUAUAUUUGCUCGUCUUACUAAUCUUACCUCUGCUCCUUUAAAUUCUGUUGAAGAUUCUAUGGUUCAAAGUUCAUUUGCUGCAACCAAACCAUUAGGGUUUUCAACUCCUAUGCCUAAAAGGCAAGGUUCGACUGUAACAGCUACUAAAGCUGCCCCAAAAAGUAUUAGUCAAACACCUAUAGCCAAAAGUAGCAGUGACUUAAAAAUUGGUGAUCGUGUAAUUAUCAGCAGUGGACAAGGAUCUAAAUUGGGAGUUUUGAGGUAUCGUGGUGUAACUCAAUUUGCACCAGGAGAAUGGUGUGGUAUUGAAUUAGAUGAUCCUCUUGGAAAAAAUAAUGGAACAGUUGAAGGAAUUAAAUAUUUUGAAUGUGAAGAUAAAUUUGGCUUGUUUACUCCCAUUGCUAAGGUUUCCAAAUCACCGAUGUCUGCUAGUCGAAUGUCGACCAAUUGUGCUAUUCAUAAGGCGAAACGUUCACCAGGUUCUAUGAAUGGAUCUAUGAUUAGUGGUAUUACAACAAACACCAUGUCAUCAAUACCUACUCGGCCAUUGAAAGUAUCAGAUACGGAUCGAUUAAAAUUGCAACUAACUCAAAUAAAAAAUGAAAAUGAACUCCUUCGUUCACAAGUUAUUAAAGCAGCUAAUCAAGCUGAUGUAGCUGAAAAAAGAUUGGAAGAAACGUUAAAAGCUCAAUCUGAACAACCACCAGAAGCACAAGUCAAUGAUAUGAUAAUACUGCAAAAUCAAUUAGAUAAAAUAAAAAAACAAAUAGAUGAUGAAAAAGAAAAAGUUCAAAAUUUACAGUUCACCAAUGAAGAACAAAAUGUUGUCAAUAUUGAAUUACAAAAUAAAAAUGCUGAACUUCUAAUAAAAAUUAAAGAAUUAGAAUCAGAUUUGGCGAAAGAACGUAAUCUAGCUAAAGAUGUAGAAAAAGAGACAAUGAAAAUUUUUGAAAAAGAAGAAGAAUUGUGUAGAGUAAAAGAGGAGUUAGAAACCCUAAAAAAAUUAAUAGACAACAAUGAAGAUGAAUUACAAAAAUCAGUAUCUAAUUUAAGUUCAGAAGUAGUUGAUAAAGAAGCAAUUUUAAAUACAUUACGUCAAACAUUGAAUGAAAAUUCUCAAAACCAUGAUCGUUUAUUAAAAGAAGCUAAUGAAAAUUUAUCUGCUACCACAGAACGGUUAACCAAAAUAAUAGAAGAAAAAGAGAAAAAAAUCGAACAGAAUCAAGAGAUGAUUGACCAAUUAAAUGAAGGUAUAAAAUGUUUGAGUGCAUUAAAGAAUGAAGAACAUGAUGAUAUUGUAAAUAAUUUAAAAAGCGAGUUAUUAAAAUUAAAAAAUGAUUACAAAGUAGUUAUUGAUGAAAAAGAACAAGAUAUCAAAAUAACUCAAGAGAAUCAUAUCAAAAUUGAGAAUGAACUCAGACAAGAAUUAAAAAGCUUAUUAGAAAAUAAAAAUCAAGAAAUUCAACAACUUCAACAAAAAAAUAAUGAAAAACUUGAAAAUCUUGAAAAUGUUAAUCAAAAUAUAAAUAUAGAAUUAAAAGCAGCAUUAAAAUCUGUACAAGAUAGAACAAAUGAUAUAACAAAUUUAGAAAAAAAACUUAGUGAUUUAGAACUUCAACAGCAUUUAAAUAAAAAUGAAUUGGAAAAAGAACUUACAACAAAACUGAAAACUAUUGAAAAUGAAUUAACAUCUUUAAGAUCUGAAAAAUCUAUGUUAGAAGAAGAGCAUGAAAAUUAUGUGAAAGAAACAAAAAAUGCAACAAAUGUUUUAGAAAAUGAAUUGAAACAGAAUAAUAUUUUAAUAGAAAAUCUUAAUAAAUCAUUAAAUGAAUUAAAUUUAUCAAAUAAAAAUGAAUUAGAUUCUAUGAAAAAAAAAAUAUUGCAGUUAGAAAGUGAACGAGAUCAUUUAUUAAAAUGUCAAAGUUUAGAAUUAGCUACUAAAGAUGAACUCAUAAAUACCCUAUCCAAUAAACUUGAACUGACAUUAACAGAAAAACAAAAGCAAGAUUUAAGCAAUGCGAAUUUACAGACUGAAUUAACAAAUGAAACUUUGAAGUAUCAAACGACUAUUAAAGAUUUACAAAACAAAAUUAAUGAAUUAGAAGCAAAUAUUGCCUCAAAUGGUGAAUCAUUUAAAUCAGAAUUGGAAUUAUUAAAUAAUGAAAAAGUAGCAAGUGUAUCAGAAAACUUGAAUCUUUUAGAAAAAUUAAAGUCUUUGGAAAAUUUAAAUUUAAAUCUUGAAGAGAAAUUAGUUUCUAAUGAAGUAUGCAUACAAGAUAUUCAAAAUUUGAAUAAUGUAAUAGAAGAAAAAAAUAAAAUUAUAGAUGAUAAUCAAAUAAAAAUUAAACAAUUAGAUAAUUUUGUUACUCAAACUAAAAAUGAAUAUGACCUUAUUCUAAAACAAAAAGAAGAAGAAAUUAAGGAACUGUUAAAAAACAAAGAAGAAAAGAUGAAAAUAGAAAAGUUGUCAUUAGAAGAAAAAAUUAAAGUUAUAAUAGAUGAAAAAGACACAGAAAAUUCAAUACUCAAUAAAAAAAUUGUUGACUUAGAGAAUAUGAAAAAAGAUUUAGAAAAGCAAUUGGAAAUGAGUAAAUUACACGAACAAGAUUUGAAAAAAUUAAAUGAAAUAAUUCAAGAUAAAGUUAAAAUUAUUAAAGAUAAUGAUUUGAAGAUUGAAGAGCUGAAUAAUUUAAUUUAUUUAACCAAAAAUGAGUUUGAAAGUAAAUUAAAAAUAAAGGAAGUUGAAAUGAUAAAUUUAUCGAAAACUGUAGAGGAUAAAUUAAUCAUUGAAAAACAACAAAUGGAUGAACAAAAUAAAACAUUGCUAGAUGAAAAAAAUAAAAAAAUUUCCAAUCUAAUGGAAAAGCUUAGUAUUUUGGAGAACUCUAAAACAGGCAUCGAACAACAGUUAAUUGAAACUAACAAAAAACAAGAAAAUAUGAUAACUGAACUACAAUUAUCAAUUGAAGAAAAAACAAAACUAAUUAAUGAAAAUCAUUUAAAUAUUGAACAGUUGAAUAGUAAGAUUGUAAAGUGUAAAGAAGAGUUGAAAUCAGAAUUGAAAGAUAAAGAAGACAAAAUGAAUGAUCGUAUAAAAGUUGGGGAAGAGAAAUUAAUCAUUGAAAAAAAACAAAUAGAAGAACAAAAUAAAAAAUUAUUGGAUGAAAAAAAUAAAGACAUCUCCAACCUAAUGGAAAAACUUAAUAUUUUGGAGAGCUCUAAAACAAACAUUGAGCAACAGUUAACUGAAACCAGCAAAAAACAAGAAAAUAUGAUAGCUGAACUACAAUUAACAAUUGAAGAAAAAACAAAACUAAUUAAUGAAAAUCAUUUAAACAUUGAACAGUUGAAUAGUAAGAUUGUUCAGUGUAAAGAAGAAUUUAAUUUAGAGUUAAAAGAAAAAGAUGAUAAAAUAAAGGAGCUUAUAAAAGUUGGUGAAGAGAAAUUAGCAGAUGAAAAAUUAGCAGUAGAAAAACAUACUAUGCUUUUGUUGGAUGAAAAAAAUAAGGAAAUUUCCAAUCUAAUGGAAAAACUUAAUAUUUUAGAAAAAUCAAAGUCAAAUUUAGAGAAACAGUUAGAGAUAAGCAGAACUCAAGAACAUGAUAUAAUAGAGUUGAAGAAAACUGUCCUAGAAAAAACUAAAAUCAUUGAUGAUAAUAACUCCAAGGUUGAAGUAUUAAAUAGUCUUAUUGCACAGACUAAAGAAGAUUUUGAUAUAAGGCUCAAAGAAAAAGAAAAUGAAGUUAAUGAGCUUGUGAAAACUCUAGAAGAUAAAUUAAAUAUAGAAAAGAUAUCAUUUGACACCCGUAUUAAAUCCUGUGUGGAUGAAAAAAAUACAGAAAUUGAAGUAUUGAAAACUCAAUUACACGAGUUUACAGAAAAUAAUAAAGAAAAAGAAUUGAUGUUGAAAUUAGAAUCCAUCAUCAACGAAUUAGAAAAAGAGAAAUUACGGGCAUUAAAUUUAGAAGCACUUAAACUUGAGUUAGAAAAAACUGUGUUACAACAAAAAACUGAAUUGGAGUUAUUAAAUGUAUCCAAAAUUAAUAUGAAAGAAGAUAUGAUUAAAACUAUUGAAAAACAACAAGUUCUCAAUGCCGAAUUAACAGCUAAAACUAAAACUGAAUCUGAACAAUUAGUCAGUGAAAAAUUAAAUAUUCAAAAACAAAUUGAUGAACUACAGAUUGAGUGUUCUAGACUACGAUCAACUUUAGAUGAAAAGAAUAGUGAAAUUGAAGAUUUAAAAAUUCAGAAGUCUCAAGAGUUGAAACCUGCUAUUUCUUGCAAUGAUGAAUUGAGUCAGUUGAAAGCUUUACUUGAAAAGAGUCACAGUGCCCAAUCUCAUUUGGAAUUCCGUAUUCAAGAGCUAACUGAUGAAAAUCAUCGUUUGAAUGAACGCAUUGAAGGUGACAAUAAUCAACUUCAGAAGAAUAAUAAUAUUAUGCAAGAAAAAUACAACAUUGAAAAAAAAUAUGAAGAAACUAAUAAUAUUUUAAAAAUUAAAGAAAAUCAAAUUUUAGUGUUGCAAACCGAGUUGAAUUCUUGGAAGUUAAAGGAUACAGAGAAAUCCAAGAAUAAUAAUGUUCAAGAAAAUACAAAUAAAUCUGAAGCUCAUUUAUUAGCAGAAAAAAAUCAAGAAAUUAAAAUGUUGAAUUCAAUAAUAUUAGGCUUACACAAAAAAUUGUCUGCUGUUAUGGAAACUGAUAUUUCUGAAUAUGAGAUCGAGAAAAAUCCUGAUACCAUUUCAAAAGAAGAUUAUCAAAAACUAUACAAAACGGCUAAGAAUAAUGUUAAACUAAAGGAAUGUGAAAAUUUAUCAUUGAAACAAGAGAUUAAUAAGCUAAAAUCAGAAAAUGAUCGUUAUUCUGAGUUCAAAACUAAAUGUGAAAGCUUAGAAAAUGAUAAAAAAACACUACAAAAAUUAAUAGUUAGUUAUGAUAACUCUAUUCCAACAAACGCUAAAAGUGAAAAAAGUGAUAUUAAAUCUGAAACUGAAAAAAUAUUAGAAGAAAAAGAUUGGCAAAUAAAUUUGUUAAACAAUAUUAUUGCUGAUCUUCAUGCAAAGGUGUCUGAUAAUAAAUUUAAAAUUGAAGCACUAGAAACACAAAUAUUAGAUUCGGGAGUGGAUCAAAGCAAAAAAACACGUUUAAGAACUACUCGUCUUUAUUGUGAAAGGUGUGAAAUAUUUGAUUCUCAUGAUACUGAAGAUUGUCCUGAAAAACCAGAAUCUCCAAAAUUCGAUAGAAAAAGAAGAGUAGUAAACGAUAAUUCAAAUAAAAUGAUUGAUGAACCAUUUUGUGUAUGUUGUGAUAUGUUUGGACACACAGCCAAUGAAUGUGACAACUCAUUAACAUUUUAGUUUGGUUUGAACCAUGUUGCAGAUUGCUUGGUAUCAAAAUUAUUGUUUUGUUAAUUUAUGUUAUUAUUAUCAUUAUUACUAUUUAGAAUUUAUAUUCAGUAAGACUGAUUUUAGGUACACUUUUAAUUUAAUACGUAUUUUAAGUAAAAGUAAUUUAUUGUUUCUUUGUUAUAGAAUUUAAAAUGUGAUA